UGAGGAUAAGCGGCACAGAAAAUGGAUGGACGGAUGUGUGGCUUAAAACAAACAAACGGCGGACGGAGUGGUUUGAGUUUCGGGAAUAGACGAUCUUUGUGUCGGUGGGCGCCUGCGGUGCGUUUGCGCGACUCCGCCAGGAUGGACGAUGUGUCGCCGGGACCCGUCGUGUCACGCGUUGCCGGUACGGAGGUCCCAUCACGACCCGUGUGCCACGCCGAGCCCGAAGGAGAAGAGGAGUCCGCGGCGGCCAAUGGAGCGAUGCUGACCUUCAACCACACGCAUAUGAGGAAAGCCUUCCAGCUCAUGAACGACCUCAGAGGAAAGAAGAUGCUGUGCGACGUCCAGCUGGUGGCGGGAAGCGUGACGGUGGCCGCGCACCGUGUGGUCCUGGCGUCCUCCAGCCCGUAUUUCUGGGCCAUGUUCACAGGUGACAUGAGCGAGAGCAAGGCCCAGCAGGUGGAGAUCGGCGAGGUGGACGGGUCCACGCUGACCAAGCUGGUGGACUACAUCUACACGGCUCAGAUAGAAGUCACCGAGGACAACGUGCAGGUUCUGCUGCCAGCCGCGAGUCUUCUCCAGCUGAUGGACGUGCGUCAGGCGUGCUGCGACUUCCUGCACUCUCAGCUCCAUCCCUCCAACUGCUUGGGCAUCCGAGCCUUUGCGGACAUGCACGCGUGCGCGCAGCUCGUCGGGCAGGCGCACGCGUACGCCGAGCAGCAUUUCUCCGAGGUGGUCCAGUGCGAGGAGUUUGCGUCUCUGUCCCUGCAGCAGGUCUGCAGCCUCUUCUCAAGCGACAAACUCACCGUGUCCACUGAGGAGAAGGUGUUUGAGGCGAUGAUCUGGUGGAUCAAACAGGACAAGGGCUCCCGCGUGGAGCACAUGCCCAAACUGAUGGAGCACGUCCGCCUGCCGUUGCUGUCCAGGGACUACCUGGUUCAGAUAGUAGAAGAAGAAGCGCUGAUCAAGAACAACAACACAUGCAAGGAUUUCCUGAUCGAGGCCAUGAAGUACCACCUGCUUCCCGCCGACCAGCGGCACCUCAUCAAGACGGACAGGACGCGACCGCGCACGCCCGUCAGCAUCCCCAAGGUUAUGAUGGUGGUGGGCGGCCAGGCUCCCAAAGCCAUCCGCAGCGUGGAAUGUUACGACAUCCAGGAAGAUCGAUGGUACCGGGUCGCCGAGCUGCCGUCGAGGCGCUGCCGAGCAGGCGUGGUGUCGGUAGGAGGUCGGGUGUACGCGGUGGGCGGCUUCAACAGCUCCCUCCGCGAGAGGACGGUGGACGUGUACGACGGCGCACGGGAUCAGUGGAGCCCCGUGGCCAGCAUGCAGGAGAGACGCAGCACGCUGGGCGCGGCCACCUUGGGCGGGCUGCUGUACGCCGUGGGGGGCUUCAACGGCAGCAUAGGUCUGUCCACAGUGGAGGUGUACAGCCCGAAAAGUGACGAGUGGACGUACGUGACGCCCAUGAACACGCGGCGGAGUAGCGUCGGCGUCGGUGUAAUCGACGGUAAGCUGUACUCUGUGGGCGGGUACGACGGAGCGUCCCGUCAGUGUCUCAGCACGGUGGAGGAAUACGACCCCGCCUCCGAUCAGUGGGCGUACGUCGCGGACAUGAGCACCCGACGCAGUGGAGCAGGCGUGGGAGUGCUGGGGGGGCAGCUGUACGCGGCCGGUGGCCACGACGGACCCCUGGUGAGGAAGAGCGUGGAGGUUUACGACCCGCCCAGCAACACGUGGAGGCCCGUUUGCGACAUGAACAUGUGCCGCCGCAACGCAGGGGUGUGCGCCAUCAACGGCCUGCUGUACGUCAUCGGAGGCGACGACGGCUCGUGCAACCUUUCCUCCGUGGAGUUCUACGACCCGGCCGUGGACAAGUGGAGCCUCGUCCCCACCAACAUGAGCAACGGUCGCAGCUACGCCGGCGUCGCAGUCAUCGACAAACCUUUCUGAGCGCAGCUUGGACGCAAAACACCCGAUGGCGGCGAGAAGCGACGGACGCGAAACGCCGUCGCCGCUUAAAAGGGGCCAAUUGGGAUUUGUUACUGGAAACAUUUCAGAUCCGGAUCGAGUUGCUGUUUACACUGUGGAGGACGCGCCAGACGGAUCGCGACGCAGCUAAAGAGACGCGCUUUGCCGUCGAGCGUGCGUUUUUUUGUCGAGUUCUCUGGACGGACGACCCGGUUGGCGCUCACCGGACCGACACCAGUAACGACAACAUGUUUACACUCUUUCUUAUAUGAAUACAAGACAUUUGUAAAAGUGUAUUUGAAAGACUCAAAAGGAUGUAAACAAAUAUUUGUAUGCUCAUCAGGAGGAAGAGAAGCACUGCUUAAGUCACGUACUACUGAUGCACUGAAAAUGAUGAUGAUGAUGUUGAACAAAGUGGUGAUCCAUAACGUUUCAAGUGUGCCAAAAAUAUGCUGUACUUGUUUUAUCCAUAUUUUAUAUUUACUGGCAACGAAAACAAAAUACUUUGUAAGUGUCCAAUUACGCGGCAAGCAUUUAUAUUGUUUUGUCAAAAAGUUGCUUUUAAAUAAUACUUAAAAUUACACUAACGCUGAUGAAAAAAAAAAUG